CAAUCUUCCUGCCGUUUUGCGAGUUCAUCGACUAGACACCCAUUCUUGGAGUCACAAUCUCAUCUGGCUCAUAUUUCGAUCUAGUUCUGGUCGUCAUUUAGCCUAACAUGUCCACACCAGAUCAGUCUUCACCACAAUCCCGAUCAUUAAAGGAGGAGCUGGCCGCCGUUCUUCCACAAGGCUUUCAGUGCAAGAUCCGAUACGUGCACACCCCACCAAAACCCUGCGAUCCUCUGUUCUCUACACCGUCGGGGUUCAAAGCGGGAAAAACUCGACUGGCCAGCCAUUUCUUGACAGUCAGCAUCAACCCAUCUGCAGAUGGUGGGAGUGAGCAUCCCAACGGAGUGCUGGUCUUCGCCUUGGAAGCAUUAGUCUACAGCACGAAGUAUUUGACAACUAUUUUCGUGAGCAAGGCCGACUCUACUGGCUACCUACCGCAGCAAAGGCCCUCUGCUAUCAAACUCACCACGAGCGCUUUCUUGAAAUGGCUGGCGGAGAAGGAGCGCCAGGCACAUCCGCGGCGCAAAAUUGUCAUCUCCUUAUUUGCACGCUCGCAAUCGCAAUACCUGUUUCCAGGCUCCGCCGAGAAUCCCAAGAAGCAUGUACUUGAUGACAGACAGCUCAUCAAAUGGUGGGCUCGAGUAUUGGACCCUAUCUUCUCAAAGGAGGGUGCGCGCGGUUCUGAUGGCACUCAACAACCUCAAUGCGAUGGCUAUAUCACAGUCCCUGGAUACGACAACUCCGAGCUAAGAUCUUUGAUCCCCUCUAAUACUUCUUCAACACCGAGCACUCGUUGGCACCCCGGCCACCCACUCAUCGAACUCGCCGAAACAAGAGGAAUGCCAACAGACGUUCCACCAAGAUGUCUCCUCCCUCGCUUUCCCGAUGAUCCAAAAGCCCGCUUCAUGCAGGAUCUCGAUGACGAAGCUGGCAUCGUGGAGGAAACGUCGACGACGACAAGCCCUUCACGGAGAAAGGCAGACAAAUGGGCUUCCAUUCGCGACCUUGCUACCUUCUGGGAAACCAUGGCUUUCAGGCAGGAAUGCUCUUCAGGUCGAUUAGUCGGGUUUCUGUGGCUGGUGAUCCGGCCCAGCACGCACGAUCUGGCCGCGGACACUAAUGGCAACGGGAUUGGAAACUCAGAAAGCCAAGACUCAUCUUCAACCGUACCCAGCAGUGAUCCAGUGUCAUUCGAAGAGAAGACUAGAGCUCACAGAAACCCAAGUCCCAGCAAACCUGGAAGAAAACGACUGACCGGCCCCAUAAUACCACGCCAACCACGACUCAAAGGCGCCUCUUCCUCCUUGACGAAAUCCGAUCUGUCGGGCAUGCUGGAAUUCGCGGCCAUCGAUGGCCUGACUCUGACGGCGGACGGCUACGACAAAGCCAUGCAGACCCUCAUGCACCUCGACUUCGCCAAUCUUGCGGUUGCGGGCCAAUCUACGAACAAAUGGAUCGCAGAUGUGUCUCAGAUAGGCGGAGUACAGGGUGAAUGGGCUCUUGAAGUGACUGGUAGUGCGAAAACGGAGAGUGCUGGUCCCACUUCGGGCGGUGGUGCUGCUGCUGCGCAAGUGAACGAUUUAGGAGGCAUGAUUAGGAAGAAGAGGAAAGCGGAAGAGCCUGUCGGGCAGGAUCAUGCGGGGGUGAACGGUGCGGCCGACGAGAAACCCGCUGUGAACGUGUUGGGUGGUGGGAUGAUUCGCAAGAAACCGAAGAAGGUCUGAAUAGCUAGAUAUGCCAUCUAGGCAA